AUGACUAACCAUGUGGAGGUCCCCAUGGCAGAUGGCCCUCCCAGCAUUAGCUUGGAAGAGUUACCAAAAACUUGCCUGGAUAAGUACUGUGGCUGGCUGAUGCGAAAUGCGCUGCUCACCCUGACUAUACUUGGGGUGAUUUUGGGCUCUGUGUUUGGCAGUCUCUUGAGGUUGCUCCCGCCACUGGAUAGUGACCUGCUAAUGCUGAUUUCUUUUCCUGGUGACAUCCUCAUGCGGAUGCUGAAGAUGCUGAUCUUGCCCCUUGUGAUCUCCAGCCUAAUUUCCGGCCUGGCUAGCCUCGACGCCAGAUCCAGCGGCCGCAUGGGCACUCGUGCCAUGGUUUAUUAUAUGUCAACCACUGUCAUGGCGGCCAUAUUGGGGGUGAUUCUCGUCUUGUCCAUCCACCCUGGCAACCCAAAACUCAGGAAAACACCCUCAGUGAUGACCAAAAAUGAAGAAGUCUCCAGUCUGGAUGCUUUUCUGGACUUGAUCCGGAACUUAUUCCCUGAAAAUCUGGUGCAGGCCUGUUUCCAGCAGAUCCAAACUGUCUCCACAAAGGUCUCUGUGCCGCCAGUGGUCGUGCGUAAGGAAAACAUCAGCCAGAUAGUCCGCACCAACGGCUCAGUGCUCAAUGCUACCAUCACGGAGGUGAACGUGGGCCCCAGCACCGUGACACAGAAGCGGCUGGAAUUCAAGGCUGGCAUGAAUGUUUUGGGUCUGAUUGGCUUCUUCAUCGCCUUUGGGAUCUGCAUGGGGAAGAUGGGGGAACAGGCAAAGCCUGUGGCCGAUUUCUUCAAUAUUCUCAAUGAGAUCAUCAUGAAGCUGGUCUCUAUGAUCAUGUGGUACUCACCGUUCGGCAUUGCCUCACUGAUCUGUGGCAAGAUUGCGGCUAUCAAAGACCUGGAGACGGUGGCUCGGCAGCUGGGCAUGUACAUGGUGACCGUCAUUGUGGGCUUGGUCAUCCAUGGUGCUCUGGUGCUGCCUCUCAUCUUUUUUGUCAUCACCCGUCAGAACCCCUUCAUCUUCUACGCGGGGAUCUUCCAGGCCUGGAUCACUGCACUUGGCACUGCUUCCAGUGCUGGUACGCUGCCUGUCACAUUCCGCUGCCUUGAAGAGAACCUAAAAAUCGACAAACGGGUGACGCGCUUCGUGCUGCCCAUUGGCGCCACUAUCAACAUGGAUGGCACCGCCCUCUAUGAGGCCGUGGCUGCCAUCUUUAUUGCCCAGAUGAAUAAUAUAAUCUUGGACAGCGGACAGAUUGCAACCGUCAGCCUGACAGCCACAUUGGCCAGCGUUGGGGCAGCCAGUAUACCCAGUGCAGGGUUAGUCACCAUGUUACUAAUCCUGACUGCCGUGGGUCUCCCUACUCAAGAUAUCAGCCUCCUCAUUGCUGUCGACUGGCUACUGGACCGCAUGAGGACCUCCAUCAACGUGGUGGGUGACUCCUUUGGCGCCGGCAUAAUCUAUCACCUCUCGCGGAAAGAGUUGGCCAUCCUGGAUGCCCGGUCUGAGGGGCGUGAGCCGGACUCUACCUCCCUCAAACUGCAGGCUGUGGCCAACCACCAGGGCCCACUGGAAGGCUCAAUCGGGUCGGGGUAUACAGCCCUCCCCAGCCAGGAGGAGGAGGAGGAAGAAGAAGAAGAGCCACCAGAGAAAAUAGACGCAGCAUCACAAUACAGCGAGAAGGAUGAAGGGGGACCUGCAGAUGAUGAAGAGAACGAAGAGAAGAAAGAGGAAGAUGAGGAAUAA